AUGCUGGGUCACUUGGUAGCCCAAGUUUGGCCCGAUGGUCGGUGGCCCGGCAGCUCCGGCCAAUCGCAGAUCGUGAGCGUUUUCUACAAUGGAAACGACAUCUCCUACUCUGUGAAUGGAACCUUCUCGGAAGCUUGGUUGAGGGAAUGGUCGAGCACUAAGACCCUAGCCUUUCAGAAGGUGCCUGGCGCCUAUUUGGUGAUCACGGCCAGUAGCUUGUUGGACCAGAGUUGGUGCUCAGCCAGCGAGAACAUUUGCAUUGCCGGAAGGUUUGGUCAAGUCUUGAACUACUGCUCCAUGGCGGGCUUCAGCAUCGUUUGUUCCGAUGGCACCACUGCGGGCAGUGCUGGAUGGGAGGCUUAUGGCUCCAGUAGCGGAGUGGAUUCAAGCCAUCAGGCUGGACUGGGAACUGGCUGGAGCACCACCUGCGUCUCGCAGUCGGGUUUCUAUCUGGUAUCCGAUUCCAAAACGGACAAGGCCUGGGUGUCGUCCGGCCUGCAACACGCCGCCUUCCGACUGUUGAGUGGAGCGUUGUCGCCCACACGCAACGAGACAUAUACGCACUUCAUGGUCUACGCGCAAUCCACGCUGGCUGAGCAGACCACGCCUGCUACUCUGCAGAUGGUUGAUCAUGUGGCCUACGUGGAUUACCUGCGCUUUGUGGAUGAGGACCUGGGUUUAGCCUCCAUUGGGGGCGAACUCCGAUGGAAUGCCCUGGGCGAUUUGACCCUGGCCUCAGGCUAUUCAAUCUACGUGGCCACCGAUUCCAGUGGCUCGGAUCGCCUGCUGCUGGGCACCUCGCCGGUGGGGACCACCAGCUUGACGCUGCCGCAGGGAACGGCACUGACGGGGGAUUUGAAUUAUACGCAUGUGGUGAUCUAUAUUGAGUCGUAUUUAGUGCAGCAGCGGUUACCUGCUUGGUCAUUGCUGCUGGUGGAUGAGUACGAAGGCCUCUGUGAUUCCACUGUGUGUGGAUCUAGUGGGGGUCAACCGAAGUUGAGGACCAGUGUUGGCUCCUGCACCACAGCUGCCAGUUGUGCCAAUUGUGACCUCACUCCCACGCGUCUGGAAAGCAUUACCACCACCAUCCAGGGACCCAUGGUGCUGAUCACCACCGAGGCAAACACCGACAUCUUCGGCUUCUGGAACAAACUCUCCUCGUGUGGAGUCAGCACCUUAGAUGUGCAGUACUACAAGGCCUUGGGCCCUGCGGCUCCUGCAACGACUACGACGCAGAGCUAUACCUGCCGUUUCUCAUGCCUUCCAGGGGCAGAUUGUAACACCUGCGUCUCAGCAGACACCGCUCCGGUGACCACCAGCAGCGUGGAUGACGACGGCUAUUCGGUGUGGCGCUACUUGGCAUGCCCGGAUGCCCGGUGA